AUGUCCACGGCAAGCAUCAAGGACCACGCUAAUACCCUUCUGAAUCUUCUUGAUAUGGAACGAACUCCCCAGAUGGGCACAAUUCCACCAAAGGUGAUCUUUAUUGGACAUAGUUUGGGUGGUUUGGUGAUCAAACAGGCCCUUCUCAAUGCCAAAGAAGACCCGAAAUAUACGGCUAUUCGCUCGGCAACCUCCGGGCUUGUUUUCUUCGGGACUCCUCAUCGUGGCGCCAAAGCUGUUGAACUAGGGAAGAUUGCAGCCCGGGUGGCCCGAUUUGUCUCGAAAGGCCACGCCAGCAAUGAUCUGCUCGACUGUCUGGAGCAUAAUUCACUCUUCACAAGACAGAUGACCGAUAGGUUCCGGCAUCAAUUAGAGGAUUAUCGUGUUGUCAGUUUUAUCGAAGGAAAGGAAGUGCAAUUAGGCGGAGCAGGUCCGGCAUCCAUCAGCCAUCUAGUUGUGGAUGAGGAGUCUGCGGUGCUUGGGCUAUCUGGUCUCCGUGAAACCCAGCUGAAGCUCGAUGCAGAUCACUCGCAGAUGUGCAAAGUCGGCACCCGAGGGCCUAUGUACCGCUUGAUUAAGGGGAAUAUCAAACAGUUGGUCGACCAGGCACUGUUGUCAGAACAUGGCUUCAUUCCACAGCCUGUGCCGCAAAGUGCUGGACCCAGUCCACCGCCGAUACCACCGCGCAUACACUCUAAUAGUAGCACGCCAUAUCAAACGCAAGGGCGGCUACCUCCGGCAACUCAAAGGGUAACCGGAGUCAUGUUCACUGCCUCUGACAAUGACCCACGAUCUAUUCGCUCCGCGGAACUUAAGAAUCUUGCUCGAUGGGAUGAGGCUCGAACCGUUGAGUAUGAGAUUUUCCAAGAGCAUUUGCGCACCCUCGGACCAGACCACUUCAGCACAUUAUCAGUGGCAUAUAACUUAGCACUCGUUGAGCUGGAGACGCACUACUUGGCGAAGGCCCAUGAAUGGUGUCAAUGGGUGUCUGAUAAUGUCCAACGCGUAUUUGGGGGCAAGCAUCCCCUUGCGAUGAAGACUGAAAGUCUGAUCGCGGAAGUUCUGUGUCAACAAGGCAAGCAUCAAGAGGCAGAGUCAGUUUGUGCGAACGUGCUAGCUCGUCAACAAAUCAAUAUCGGCGAGGAGCACUUGGAUACCUGCGACACUCGCCGCCGACUGGCGGGGGCGUAUCAUUCCCUAGGCCGUCGGGAAAACGCCGUUAUGGCCGCUGAAAAGCUCACAGAAACUCUUAAGCGCCUUCUUGGGGAAACUCAUAUUCGUGUAUUUGCUUCAGCGCUGGAUACCUUGGAAUACAUCAUUAGCAACCAAUCCGGUGACAGAAAUACGCUAAUCACUAUGCGGUUCCAGCCCGAUGUACAGCAGGCCGUGGAAAUGCUAGGGCAGAUCUAUGAUGAGCUUCGUUUAGGGCUAGGCCCUGGACAUCCGUAUUCCAUUCGCGCUCUGUGUCUCUAUGGCCGCGGGCAGAGCAUUGUGCAGCAGGGUAUGGAAGCAUCGGAAACCCUUCGCAGGGCCCUUGCCAGCGCGGAAGAGACGUUGGGACCCGAUCACCCACUGACGAUGGAUAUCGUGGGAAAUAUUGGUGUUAUGUACGCCGUGCAGGGAGGCUUCCAAGUCACGCUCGGCAACAACCGUGUGGAAGAAGCCAUUCCCUGGUUGAUACGAUAUCUGAACUGGGUCGAACACCGCAGAGGAAAGGAAAAUCCUGAAGCACAAGCCUCGUUGGAACUGCUGGCUACUUUGCACUUCAAUGCCAGGGAGUACGAGCCUGCCCAGAAAUAUUUCGAACGCCUCGUUAUAGCAUACCGAGGCAACCCGACAGCACUCGAGCGUAUCAAUAAUCAGCUUCAGUUGUGUCGUGCGAAUACCAUGCUCACCCGUCGAAGCCUUGGGUCGGGUUUAGGAGGAUUUCUCUCCUCUUUGCAAAGAUACUGA